AUGGGAUCUGUCAAAGCUGACAUCCCGUUGAUGAUCCACAAACGGUCCAAGUUCGGCUUGGAGAUACCGGCGGCGGCGAAUGUAUCUUCGUCCGUGGAUCGCACUCCGGACGACGCCGAUGCCCACGCGCCACCUCCGAUGUCCAUGGAUCAGAUCAAGGCGACCGAAAUGAUACAGAGGAUACACAAAGAUGCCAGGCAAUUGCUCCAAAAUAUCCAGGGCCUUGCCGAAACCACAUUUCCAAAAGCCGGCUACGAGUGCAACGAUGUGCCUGAAGAAAUAACAAGCAAUGCAAGAUUAUUAGCCGCCCAGCAUCUAUCAAAAAACAUUGCCGAUAAUCUGGAUGACCUGGCGCUGCUGUCCUACCGGAGCGCCACAGACGCGGAGCAGCGACAGACCGUCGUCGGCCCAAAAGCUUGUGAGAACACGGGCAGGAAAAGGCGCGCAUCCAAGUUGGCGGCUUUCGACCGCACUUUGAAAGUGCGUUUGGACGACUCGCUCUGUUGCCACGUGUGCCAGGCGACGAGCACGCCCGAAUGGAGGGACGGACCCGAUGGCCGAUGGACGCUUUGUAAUGUCUGCGGACUUCUCUACGCCCAUCGGCUACGCAAAAGCGGUCCGAGUAUACGAGGCGUGAUGUCUCCUGGAUGA